AAGUCCGCGAACGGCUUGCCAUGGUGUGCUGAGCGUUCUUUGUCUAGUGCACAUCUUGUGCUACAUUUCGCCAAGCAGGACUAUACUCAGCCGAUGUUAGACAACAUGUCUGGCAACAAAGCCCAUUACUUACCACUCGACGGCUGCGCUGACAGCGACGAAUCACUUGUCCUGACUGCUCAAAAGAGCAAGGGCCGGAAUUGGAAAUGGUUUUUGGUUGUACUUUUGAGCAAUGGAUUGACAUUCUUUUCUUCGAUAACGUGGUCCUCAUUUUACAACUCCUGCCCUUAUCCUCCGAGCACCAUGGUCGAAUCAGUCCACAGGACAUUUCACACCGAGGUGUUCAAUUCGUUCGAAUAUAACUUUACUCGAUACACGGCAAGGACAGAAGACGUCGGCGAUGAGGUCGAGAAAAGCUGGGCAGACCUGGGAAUCUAUGAAGCACCGAUUGUCAUUCCGGCUGCACAAGUCUCCGACUAUGGCAUAGAGAAAACCGGACAUGUGUGGCUAGACCCCAAGGACAACCCUGCUGCUCCAUACGCUGGAAUGAGCGUGAAGGUCCAGGUGCUGCACUACUUGCACUGCGUCAAUUACCUUCGGCAGGGUCUUUGGUACAACGUCGAUUACUAUAGAGCCAGAGGGCACCCCAUGUGGGAUGAGAGCCAGCACAUCUUGACGGGACCGCAGUCUGUACCUCUUGUGGAGUUGCACACGGCCCAUUGCAUUGAUCUUCUGCGACAGGUGAUUAUGUGCAAUGUCGACCUCGGUGUCCUUCCGUUUUUGCUCAGCGAGCAGGAUGACAGCGUGGUUUUGGAUUUCGCAAGAAGCAAACAAUGUAAAAACUUCGACUCUUUCUUGUCAUGGUACAAGAAGCACACGUUUGAAGGGGCCAGGCUGGAAGAGGAUACGGCGAUAUCAGGCCACGUCCACCCGCUCAUCAGUUGGAGUGGCAGAUCAAGUUAG